AUGGUGACGUGUUCUUCCAGAUAUCCGUGGAGUGAGGAUCCGGAUGAAUCAGAAUCACUAAUGAAAACGCGAGCGCCGGCAUGGUGCGAUCGUGUGCUGCUAAAUUUACGGGCAUUUGAAAUUGUUAAACGGGAUAAAUAUGCGAAAUACGAUAGUUUUGGGAAGGAUGUAUGCAUGGGUGAUCAUAAGAAUUUUCAUUACUGGCUACUGAUGUGGAGCUUUGACAUUGCUGAAGUGCAACCGGGUACUGGACUUUCUGUAUCGAUGAGCUUCUUCAUACGACCUGUUUAA